AUUUUAACAAGGCACAGAGAUAAAAAGAAUGAUCCAUCACAAAUCCCUCAUUUUCUCCACCUAGAAAUCAGGAUUUCUUGGAAAAAAAUGGGAGACGAGAAACGAAAUGAGAAAGAGGGAUAGUUUGAUCUAAUCUGAGGACAAAAACAUCAUCAAUGAAGAAACCAUCAGGAGCCUCUUCAGGCUCGAAGUCGACAUCGAUUCUUCCAUAUCAAACACCAAGACUCAGGGAUCAUUACUUGCUAGGCAGGAAACUGGGACAAGGCCAGUUCGGAACAACUUAUUUCUGCACGGAGAAAGCUACUGGAGAUACUUUUGCAUGCAAAUCGAUUGCCAAACGUAAACUUUUAAGCAAAGAUGAUUAUGAUGAUGUUUGGCGAGAGAUUCAGAUUAUGCACCAUUUAUCUGAACAUCCAAAUGUGGUGAGGAUAAAAGGGGCUUAUGAGGAUAAUGUGUUUGUGCAUCUUGUGAUGGAGUUGUGUAAAGGUGGUGAGCUUUUCGACAGGAUUGUGCAGAAGGGUCAUUAUAGUGAGAAAAAAGCUGUUGAAUUGAUGAAAACUAUCGUUGGGGUUGUGGAAGGUUGUCAUGCUCUUGGUGUUAUGCAUCGAGACCUCAAGCCUGAAAAUUUCUUAUUUGAUUCUCCAGAUGAGGAUGCUAAGCUUAAGGCCAUUGAUUUCGGGUUAUCUGUGUUCUACAAGCCUGGUCAUUAUCUUACUGAUGUCGUUGGAAGUCCUUAUUAUGUUGCACCCGAGGUAUUGCAGAAGUAUUAUGGACCUGAAAUCGACGUAUGGAGUGCUGGGGUUAUUCUAUACAUUUUACUAUGUGGAGUGCCUCCCUUCUGGGCAGAAACGGACUCUGGUAUCUUCAGAGCGAUUUUGAAAGGAAACAUAGAUUUUAGGUCUGAACCAUGGCCGUCGAUUUCAGACAGUGCAAAAGAUUUAAUAAGGAAGAUGCUUGACAGGUCCCCCAAACAGAGAAUAACUGCUCAUGAAGUCUUAUGCCAUCCUUGGAUCGUGGAUGACAUUGCCCCAGACAAGCCUUUGGAUUCUGCAGUUCUGACACGUUUGAAGCAGUUCUCAGCUAUGAACAAACUGAAAAAGAUGGCUUUGCGUGUUAUUGCAGAGAGCCUUUCCGAAGAAGAAAUUGGCGGUUUAAAGCAGUUAUUCAAAAUGAUAGACACAGAUAACAGUGGCACUAUAACAUUCGAGGAGUUGCACAAUGGGUUGAAAAAAGUGGGCUCUAAUCUAAUGGAGUCUGAGAUCCAGGAUCUUAUGAAUGCGGCUGAUAUUGACAACAGUGGCACAAUUGAUUAUGGCGAAUUUCUUGCUGCUACCUUGCACAUGAAUAAGAUGGAGAGGGAGGAGAACUUGGUCAGAGCAUUCGCGUUCUUUGAUAAGGAUGGUAGUGGUUACAUAACCAUCGACGAGCUGCAACAGGCAUGCAAAGAUUUUGGUCUUGGUGAUGUUAAACUGGACGAGAUGAUUAAAGAAAUUGAUCAAGAUAAUGAUGGACGAAUAGAUUACAAUGAAUUUACGACAAUGAUGAAGAAGGGCGCAGAAGGCGGAGCUGGGAUCGGGAGCAGAACCAUGAGAGGCAAUCUUAACUUCAACUUGGCUGAAGCUUUGGGAACAACUGACAGUACAGGGCUGGAAGGAGCUCUAGACUCUUUGAAAGUAACAGAAGCCCCUGAAAACUCUGAAAAAUGAGAAGGUCUCAGCUAAUACUUGAAACAAGCAGAUGCCUGUACUAAAAAAUAGUUGAAAACUGAAGAUACCAAUCACAGCUGCAACCAAAGAAACUCACAUACAUGAACAUAUUUAUUGUAUCAACCUAUCUUUUUCAAUUUUGGCUUAGUUAAUAGUUGAUACUUUUCUUAUUCCUUCACUACUGGGAAUUUUGUAUCCUUUAAUUUUGUAAUGAUUUGAUAUAUGAAGAUAUGUUAGACUCGUACUCUCAAUCUCAUCUUAAUAAUAUUUUCUUUUCUGGGAGAUUUUAACAUUG